AUUGUACACAUCCACAGUAUGAAAUUUUUAAUGGUUUUCAAACUGUUUAUCGGGAAUUUCCAUAUAUGGCAGCAUUAGGUUGGGAUUCAGCGUUUGCGGAGGGAAGUUAUGAUUAUAAAUGCGGUGGAGUUUUAGUAUGGGAUAACUAUGUUCUGACAGCUGCGCAUUGUGCUAUACUCACUGGAAUACCACCAAGUGUAGUGCUUGUGGGCGGUACAAAUUUGACAGAUUCCAAAAACAAACCCAUAAAAGUUGCCCAAGUCAUCCAACAUCCAAUUUAUAACCCGAAACUGCCAUAUCACGAUAUUGCUUUGAUAAAACUGAAAAAAAGUGCAAUCGAAAAUCGCCUCUGUAUAUGGACUCUGUACGAAAUGGACGAUCUUAAUGUCACAACUGUUGGUUAUGGUCAUAUUAUGUUUGGCGGUCCACCUUCUGAAAGUCUUUUAAAGACUCAUCUAACAAUAGUGCCAAAUAAAGAUUGCACUACCCAAUACAUGGGGGAUGAAUCUUUACCUCUAGGCAUUUUGGACAGUCAAUUGUGUGCUAAAGACUUCGUAAGGCGAAGUGAUACAUGCCAGGCCGAUUCUGGCGGACCCCUUAUUUUGCGUUCUAAAAAUUAUAUGGGAUAUGAAAGAGCAUUUGUAGUUGGCAUAACAGCAUUUGGUGAUGAGUGUGGCUUUGGCAAGGCGCCAGGCGUAUAUACUAGAGUUUCGGAAUAUAUUGACUGGAUUGAAUCAAUUAUAUUUCAAACAUAA